GCUUCAUACCCGAGCAAGCGUCGUGACAAAAAUGAUUGGUGGGCUGUGAUGAAAGUUAAAGGUAGACCCGUUGUUGAAGUAUCUCAAACGUCUUCAAAGACAUAUGAACCUUUUCAAGAAGAUGACAUAGAUUAUGCUGAAGUAAAUAUCGAUGAUAUUAAUCAACAACACUGCCUGAAUGAUCCUAGCGGAGGAAUGACUGAGAUUCAUGAUGACGUUUCGACAGAGGAAGACGAAUUCCUUAGUGACCCUGAUUCUAAUGCAGAUGCAGACGGUGAUAAUGAGUACAAUUCAUAUGAAUCAGACUAAAUUCAUCUAUAUACUAAAGAAGUUUGGAGUUGUAUAUUUUUUUUAUUACUCAAUGAGGGGACAUGGAAGGGUUAGCAAGCCCAGAGGACGGGUUCAACUUCCUGCAAGUGCAAGUCAAGAGGACGCGGAUACAGAUGACGGACAAGAGCAUGAGGCGCAUAUACCACGCGCACCGACGGGACUUGGGGAUAUGGAACUUCAGAUAUGGGUACCACUUGCAUCCAGUGUACAGCCAUCUCAUAUAGAUCGAUCAUAUACACCAGUUACACCAUCUGCCGAUGCACAGCUUCCCCGUCCCCUUCCACCACCUCACCGUCACAGUUUACAUCCUCACCACCCUACUGCAGCUCCACGACCACCGGUAUCACAUACACAUUCACCUCAUUCUGCAUCCCCUUCUGGUACUACAUCCGCUAGAGGGACAGGAUCUGCAUCAGCAUCUACUCCAUCAUCUACUCCAGCAUCAGCUGCAUCGACCACUGCUGUAGGCGGAACACAGUCAUUCCGACAGACUAUUUCACUCAUUAACAACAAUUUGCAUCCGUCGGAGAUGUGCAGCCGCAGGAUAACUCUGAUAGUGAAAGAAAGAUUGGUCGAGGAAGGCCACUGUUGGAAGACUGUGCCCAAUGAAAUCAAGGAUUUUUAUUGGCAGGAAUUCAAGAAAUACUUUCUAUGGGACCAAGCAAUUGACAGCUUGGUAAAAAUUGCCUGGCAGAAAAAGGCAGCUGAGCGAUACAGGGGCUUAAUGUGGGAAAUCCGGAAAGGAAAGGCGAAGAAUCUUGCAACCCCUGAUUAUGCGCAGUGA